AUCCUUUUGUUCUACCAUGAGUAUACGCAUACCCGUCAGAUUUCUUAGAACAUCGUCCAGAAGUUUAGCCAGAAGCAAGCCUUUGGCCUUCACUAAUUUAAAGAAUAUAAAGUUAAGAGAACCAAUUGUUCCAACUCAUCAAAAUUUCGAUGUUUCACCAGAUCAUCCCUUAUGGGCAUUCUUUGCCGAUGGAAACGAAUCUACCGCCGCUUUCCGCGAAAGUGAAGAUCUUGAUACCAGUUCCCGUGCCUGGUCCUUCCCAGAGUUACGUCGUAAAAGUUUUGAAGACUUACAUAAAAUAUGGUAUUUAACCUUGAAAGAACGUAAUAUUUUAGCUAGAGAACAUAAAGUGGCUUCAUACUAUUCAUAUCCAAAGUUAGAUACCUAUGAUGACGUUGAUAAUAAGUUGAAAUUGACCCAAAAAAGAAUUAAACAAGUUUUAUUAGAAAGACAGGUUGCAAAUGAAAGAGCACAAACUUUAACCGAAGAACAAGAAUCUUACUUGAAUGAAUUCAAACAAAACUACAUUGAAGCUGGUGAAGCCGAUAUCAUUUCCUGGAAUGAAAAAUUAAUCAGAUUACAAUAUGCAUUUUUUGGAAUUGAACCUCAAUUACAAGAUUACGACUUGGCUCAAGAUAUAAACCUUACUUUCAUUAAAGGUUUGGACUUUGUUGCGGACUUAAAGGUCAGCAGACAUUUGGCUUCAAAUCCAGAUUCUAUCAGCUUGCCAUUAAACGGUGUUAUUGAACAAUUGCCAUUCUUACUUCGUAGUACUGAAGAUGCCGUCAAUGAAGUUAAUGCUUUAAGAGAAGCCGGCCACUCCCUUAAAUUAGACAAGAUCGAUGUUCUUCCAUUCUUAAGAAAUGCUCUCGAAAAAGCCAUUGCUGAAGAAGCAGCUGAAGCUGAGGAAGAUGCUUAGUCUUUUUAAAUCUUUAAUCGGGUUUUCCCUAUUUUGUACUUUAUUUCAUACUCGUGUACAUAGCUUUGAAUCUCUCAAUUCUAGACGUAAUUUGCAAUUAUAUUCAUAACCUUCACGUAAGCAAUGUUUGGUUAAACUACCC